CAGCACGUAUAAAAAGGUAACGUGAGGUUCUUUUUCUACAGAGCCUUUCACACUGUGUCAGAGCCUGUGUGUGUGAGAGAGAGAAGUAGAAUGGAGAAGUCCAGGAAAAAAUUUACUGAUCUUCUAGAUAAGGCAACAGUGGAAGCCAAUUCAAUGCGUCAUGAAGAACUGAUGUUUUCUUACAAUGGAACUCCCUACCCUACCACUCUUUGUAGUCCUGAAACAUUCAGAGCCUUGGAGUCCUUUGAAGCCAGAAGUGAUGAUAUCAUUUUGGCAGGAUACCCUAAAUCUGGCACAAACUGGCUAACUCAAAUCUUAACUGACCUGGUAACUGUAUCUCAAAAGAAAACACAGGAUAGAGAAGGCAUUGCGAAUUAUGAACUAGAAGAAUUCCCCUACCUUGAAGUUGGAGAUGCCGAGAAAUAUGAGAGAAUGACCAAAUUACCUUCUCCAAGAUUUAUGAUUACUCAUCUCCGUCCUGAAAACCUUCCCAAGUCUAUCUUCAAAAAUAAAGUCAAGAUAUUGUUACUGAUUCGCAACCCAAAGGAUGUAGCUACAUCUUUUUACCAUUUUUCCAAAGGCCUGGCUAGUUUUCCCUCCUAUGAGACCUGGGAUGAUUUCUUCACAGAUUUCAUGUCAAAGAGAACUGUCUGGGGAUGCUACUUUGAAUACCUUUCCCAAUGGAACAAAUAUGCUGAUGAAGAAAAUGUUAUGGCAAUAACUUAUGAAGAGCUAAAAGAGGUGAGAUUAUCAAUAACUACAAAUACUUUAUACUUCAAGGAGCAUGUUUUCCUAAACCAAUUCACCAUUAUAUUCAUGAAGAGUGGUGUAAGUGACUGGAAGAAUCUUUUCAGUGAAGAUCAGAAUGAGAAAAUGGACAAAGCAUUUGAAGAAUAUGUAGGAGGAACUAAACUGGGAAAAAAGUUAAAGUAUGAAGUGUACUGUAAAGCCUGAAAAGU